GUCAGAUAUAUUUGUCAUGUUAACAUUCACUUAACAUUUAUUACCAAUUAAGGUUUUGUAUAUAUAUAUAUAUAACGAACACAACAAUAUAUGAAAAACUUCCUGAGGUACAACAUUUCUGCAGUACGCAAGGGGUGAAUGGGGUUGCCAGAAUAGAGAGUAAUGGGCAAAAAGUGCACAAUAAAGGGCCAAAAAAUAAAGAGUAGAGAAAAAUGGACCAAGUAAAAGAAAGAAUAGAGAAAAAUGGGGUACUAGAAUAUAAAGAAUAGAGGAUAAUGUAUUGAGCAAAAAAUAUAAAGAAUUGAGAAAAAUGGGCUAAAAAAAUAUAGAAUACAGAAAUGAAGGACUCCUAAUCCGAACCCUCGUAAAUAAGAGUUUUCAUUGGGUUUUUUCAUGUACCCAUAUACUACGGUAGUUAAAAUGUAUUCUUUUAUUCGAAAUGACAAAUGAAUCAGACACAAUUUUUACAAAUUAGUAAAGUCGUCAUCAUACAUCAAGAUACACAUAAAUGAACAAUACAUAUAUCUGACAUUAACAAAUUAUUUUACGAUAACGUAAGCUCCUGUUGGUCAAUACAUAACGAAUUUUUCCCACUGAAGACAUUUUGAUGGCCCUAAAUUGUUGUAAAUUUAUACUCUAGAGUUACCUCUGUCAUAUGUAAAUUUUGACAAAGUGCAGAAAUAUGCAAGUCUUUAAAAUAAGCGACCUUGUCUGUCAUGUAUAUUUGUACAUGUAGCAAUUAUAACCUCUUUUAAUCUUAUUUCAAAAUUCUCUUGACGUUCAUCUGAAUUGUUUGAUCGGACAGUAUAUAUAUGGACCAGCCUUGCGAUAUAUGGCGGCUGUUUUACUGUCAUUAAAGAAAAAUGAUACGGGUUUGUUCUCUUACAAUGAAAUAGGGAGGUUUUUUGUUAAUAUACAGUGUGUAAUACGAACUAUGAUAUAUAUAAAAUAAAAGUCUGUAAUAUAAGGUUGAUAUAUCAUGACCAAAAUCUGUCGUAAAAAAAAAUCAACAGUUUGUUAAAUGUAAAUACAUUGUAGUAGUAAAAAGUUAAUAUAAACUUUAGUAUUGGGAGUAAAAAUACAUUUGUAUAUUUUUAUACAUUCCAUGAAUCCGAGGAUUUAUACAUUUAUACAUCCUGCAGAAACUAGAAUGGAAUCUUUUGUACUCAGGAAACAAAACAAUUUAACCUAGAUCACAAAAUAUUGCAUACAGUCUAGAAAUUUUUAAGCAUAGUCCUGGUGGUAAUUUUGGAAGGAGCCGAACUCCCAAAUAUGACUUUCAACAUCGUGUUGACUCAUACUUUACAGUUGGUCAAGAAAAGGCGGGAAAUUCAUUGGAAAUAAAAAUAUUCAUGGCAAGAAAAGAUGAAAACCAAUGAUCAGGUCCGUAUACAUGUACAAAAUAUUGAAUUGUACUGUACGAUCAUCCUGUAUUAUAUUUGAUGGUUGUAAUCCUGUAUUAUAUUUGAUGGUUGUAAUCCUGUAUUAUAUUUGAUGGUUGUAAUCCUGUAUUAUAUUUGAUGGUUGUAAUCCUGUAUUAUAUUUGAUGGUUGUAAUUCUGUAUUAUAUUUGAUGGUUGUAAUCCUGUAUUAUAUUUGAUGGUUGUAAUCCUGUAUCAUAUUUGAUGGUUGUAAUCAUGUAUUAUAUUUGAUGGUUGUACAAUGUUUUAACAGAAUUUGGAAAGUGGAACGACGACUUUGUAUCAAACGUUGUUAAAGGUUUGCGUGAUUGUUUCUAUACGAGAAUGUCAGAUUUGUUAGUAGGUUCCUAUGUGAGAAUGUCAGAUUUGUUAGUAGAUUCCUAUGUGAGAAUGUCAGAUUUGUUAGUAGGUUCCUAUGUGAGAAUAUCAGAUUUGUUAGUAUGUUCCUAUGUGAGAAUGUCAGAUUUGUUAGUAGGUUCCUAUGUGAGAAUGUCAGAUUUGUUAGUAGGUUCCUAUGUGAGAAUGUCAGAUUUGUUAGUAGGUUCCUAUGUGAGAAUGUCAGAUUUGUUAGUAGGUUCCUAUGUGAGAAUAUCAGAUUUGUUAGUAGGUUCCUAUGUGAGAAUGUCAGAUUUGUUAGUAUGUUCCUAUACGAGAAUGUCAGAUUUGUUAGUAUGUUCCUAUACGAGAAUGUCAGAUUUGUUAGUAUGUUCCUAUGUGAGAAUGUCAGAUUUGUUAGUAUGUUCCUAUGUGAGAAUAUCAGAUUUGUUAGUAUGUUCCUAUACGAGAAUGUCAGAUUUGUUAGUAUGUUCCUAUACGAGAAUGUCAGAUUUGUUAGUAUGUUCCUAUAUGAGAAUGUCAGAUUUGUACCUACAGGCUCCUCCAUAUUAAUUAUAUAAUGAGUUAUCAAAUGUAAUAUCUCAUUCAUAAAUCAAUCAUUACAAAGUAACCUAGGGUAAGGAAAGGUGUCAUAUCAAAAUCUAAAUGAUUAUUUGUUUCACGGACCCUAUAUAUUUUGCCGCAGGGCCCAAUUUAAUAUUAUCAAAUCAAACUACUGAUUCAAACAGCUGAAACGAUAUUUUAACAUCUAUAUUAAUACUCUACAUCAAAAUUUUCUUUGUACUGACCCAUCACUGAUCUUUACGAGUUAUAUGUUUGAAAUAAGAUAAACAAGUAUCAUAUAUGUUAGAUAAAAAUCCUUUUUUCAACUGUUCGUCGAUGUAAAAAAGGCUACUCUCUACAAUGUGGUUCUGUAUAUGUUAUCGCACACCUUUUAAAAAAUCAUGUUUGUAAAUCUUAUUUUUUUUAUUUCAAAAUGACAGCCAGAUUAUAAAGUUUUCACCAUAUCUACUUGUUACAUCAGUAAGCUCCUAUUGAAAUUCGUUCCAAGUUCUAAUAACUAUACCCCGGUAAUCAAUCAGCUGUUAAUGUGUAUGUUAAAACGUUCCACGAAUUUAAAAUCAGUUGGAUAUAGAAUCCUCCUCGUAGAAGUUUGAAAUUUAAAUACUGUGCAAAUCCAUAUUCCAUUAUAUACCAGUAGUGUAGAAACUUGGAUAACCAUAUUUGAACUACUAUUGUUGACCCAGAACCAGAGACAUCUCUGCCAGAACAUAACUGCUAACCAGCUAGUAUCAUUCCAAAUUGUACUGGAUAUCUUCUAAAAUGGUUACUAGUAAUUUAUUACAACAUUUACUAAUAUUUCAUGAAAUUGUUUUGUUGGGCAAACAUUACGACAUA